UCAAAAAUCCAAUCCAAAAACCUUUCGGAGUAAAAAAUGGCAACUUUCCAUUCUCCAAAAUUUAUGGAUUUGAAAAACUCUGUUUUCAAAUUUUUGUCAGUUUUGUAAACCCAAGGAGUCAGUUUGGUCAAUUUCGUCUCUAAGAAGUCUCACGAAACUUGCAAGAGACGCAGUAAGCUGUUCAGAAAGAGAGGAAAAAAACUCUUCAGCACUUGUUUUCUCAGUCGCAGUUCCCCCAAAAUCGGCAUGGAUUUGGACCCAGAUGAGGUUUUCAGAGACGACGAUGACGAUCCUGACAAUCCACUCUUUCAGGAAAGGGAGUCGACCAAGGAACUCGCGGUUUACUUGGUGGAUGCUUCCCCUAAAAUGUUCAGCACCACUUGCCCCUCGGAAGAUCAAAAGCAGGAAACUCAUUUCCAAGUUGCUUUGAGCUGCAUCUCGCAAUCAUUGAAGGCGCAAAUCAUUAACAGAAGUUAUGAUGAAGUUGCUAUAUGCUUUUUUAACACAAGGGAAAAGAAGAAUUUGCAGGAUCUAAAUGGUGUCUUUGUGUUUAAUGUCUCUGAACGAGAAGAUCUUGAUCGACCUACGGCAAGGCUUCUGAAAACCAUUGACAGCAUAGAGGAAGUGUUUAUGAAAGAGAUUGGAAGUCAGUACGGCAUUGUCUCAGGUUCUCGUGAGAAUUCUCUUUACAAUGCUCUAUGGGUAGCGCAAGCACUGCUGCGGAAAGGAUCUGCAAGGACAGUUGAUAAGCGGAUCCUUUUGUUUACAAAUGAAGAUGACCCUUUUGGAAAUAUCAAAGGUGCUACAAAGUUUGAUUUGAUAAGAACUACAUUACAGAGAGCUAAGGAUGCUCAAGAUCUCGGGAUUUCAAUUGAACUUUUCCCCCUGAGUUGCCCUAAUGAGCAGUUUAAUAUCUCCCUCUUUUAUGGUGAUUUGAUUGGAUUAGAAGAGGGUGAUCUUGCUCAAUAUAUACCUUCAGCAGGAGAUAGAUUAGAAGAUAUGAAGGAUCAACUGAAGAAACGAAUGUUCAAGAAGCGUAUAGUCAGAAGGCUCAAAUUCUCUAUCACCAAUAGAUUGUCAAUUGAUGUUAAUAGUUAUGCAUUGAUUCGUCCCACCCUUCCUGGAGCAAUUACUUGGCUUGAUUCCAUCACAAAUCGUCCAUUAAAGACAGAGAGGUCACUCAUUUGUGCGGAUACAGGUGCAUUAUUUCUGGAACCUUCAAAGCGAUUUCAGCUUUAUAAAAAUCAGGUAAUUAAAUUCUCUGGGGAGGAAUUAUCUGAGAUCAAGAGAGUCUCUGUUGGGCAUCUUCGGCUUCUAGGUUUCAAGCCACUGAGUUGCUUAAAAGAUUAUCACAAUUUACGGCCAUCAACAUUUUUAUAUCCUAGUGAUGAGGAAAUGGGUGGUAGCACUUGCAUCUUCAUUGCCCUCCACAGAUCCAUGUUGAAGCUUGAUCGUUUUGCAGUUGCUUUUUUCGGCAGUCCAUCACACCCCCAACUAGUUGCUCUUGUGGCCCAAGAUGAGAUCGUUACUGCUGGGGGGCAGGUUGAACCACCAGGAAUGAACAUGUUAUAUUUGCCUUAUGCUGAUGAUAUCCGACAUGUUGAGGAGCUUCAUCCGGAUCCUGAUGUUGCAUCUAAAGCAACUGAUGACCAAAUAAAAAAGGCUGCUGCUUUAAUUAAACGCAUCGACUUGAAAGACUUUUCAGUUUGCCAGUUUGCCAAUCCUGCCUUGCAGAGACAUUAUGCAGUACUGCAGGCUUUAGCCCUGGGAGAAGAUGACAUGCCAGAGGUUAAAGACGAAACAGUCCCUGAUGAAGAAGGAAUGGCCAGACCUGGAGUCGUGAAGACUUUAGAAGAAUUCAAGCUAUCGGUAUAUGGGGAAAAUUACGAAGAAGAGGAAGCUGGAAAAGGAAAAGUGAGUGAAGCUGCACAAAAGAGAAAAGCCAUAUCGGAGAGUGCUGCUCAAAAGUGUAAGGAAUACGACUGGGCUGACCUUGCAGACAAUGGAAAGUUGAAAGAAUUGUCAGUAGUGGAGUUGAAGUAUUAUUUGACAGCACAUGAUCUUCCUGUGUCUGGAAAGAAAGAAGCCUUGAUAAGCAGGAUACUAUCACACAUGGGAAAGUAGAAGAAUCCUUCACAGGUUAUUCUUCUAAGGAUGACAGAACACAUGAGAUUACCAACUGUAAGAUUUGUAUUCCUUUUCUUUUAGACUCUUCUUUAGUUAAACAGAGAGGGUCUCGGCUUGUUUUUGAGCUAUUUUUGUUCUUUGUUCUUGGAUUCAAAGAUCUACAUGAGUAACUCAUUUUGGGAUCCCAAUUUAAAAAUGUCAAAAAAUUACAAAUAUUUUCAUUUUCGUCUAGAGUUAGGCUCAUUUAGGAGGAAGCCCAAAUGGAAAUUACUAAAUUUUGGGCGCCAUUUCAUUUGAUUUUCCCCCAUUCCAAAGUUCCAGAGAAUUUGUUUCUCUCAAAACUUUGUCCCUGCCAUGUAUGAUUUCCUUGCAGUCCUAAUUUCCCCAUUCCAUUCUUGUUUUGCACUGGCGAAAAGGAACCUUGGAUUUCAGUUUUUCACCGGGGGCAUUUGAUUGUAACCGAAAAUCGAGUCCAUUGCCAUUCGAUUUUCACUGGCAACACACCAUUGGUUUAUGA